AUGUCGAAACUACGAAUAUUGGUUCCCGUCAAGCGUGUGAUAGAUUAUGCCGUCAAACCCCGAGUCAACAAGGCCCAGACGGCCGUUGAGACCAAUGGCGUCAAGCACAGCAUGAACCCUUUCGAUGAACUUUCCAUCGAAGAAGCCGUGCGAUUGCGAGAGCGAAAGAAGCAACCAGUCGAGGACAUCCUUGCCUUCUCCGCCGGGCCUGCGAAAUCCCAGGAUAUCUUGCGAACGGCGAUGGCCAUGGGUGCGGAUAGAGGUAUCCAUGUGGUAGAAGAGAAGACGGAGUUGGAACCAUUAAGCGUAGCCAAGCUCCUACAAAAGGUUGCAGAGCAGGAGAAGAGCAAUCUGAUCAUUUUGGGAAAACAAAGUAUUGACGACGAUGCGAAUCAAACGGGUCAGAUGCUCGCGGGACUUUUGAACUGGCCGCAGGCAACACAAGCGAGUAAGGUCGAGAUCGAAAACGACGAAUGUACUGUGACGCGCGAAGUGGAUGGCGGCGUGGAGACACUGAAGGCCAAGUUACCUAUGAUCAUAACUACGGAUCUUCGCUUGAACGAGCCUCGGUAUGCGAGUCUACCAAACAUCAUGAAGGCGAAGAAGAAGCCGUUGGAGAAGAAAACUUUAGCAGACUUUGGCGUGAGCUCGGAGAAGAGGUUGAAGACUUUGAAGGUGGAAGAGCCGGCGGCUAGGCAGGGUGGUGGCAAGGUGGACGACGUGGAUGGCAUGAUUGGGAAGCUGAAGGAACUAGGGGCGAUAUAG